AUGGCGCCUGCCUAUAGCAUUACUAUUACCAUCAAGAAUGAUGCCGACUUUCCAUUGACAUUCACCGGCCAUGGAGGUCAAACAGGCAGUGACUUUGAAAAGUAUCCUCCCCAGGUCAUCAGCGGCCAUAGCUCUGAAACUUUCAAGGAGACUCUCGACGAAAUUAAAGACUCCGAAGAGGGGAAUGCAUCAUGGAAUAUGCUCGACCAAGAAAAUUUCGAUUUUAUAGAUUUGAAACUGACUUGGUUGAGUGGACAAGAGCCCUCCUUCAAGGCUGAAAUUACUGGCGACGACAAUGAGAAAUACGAGCUCACGAGCACUGUCGAUGGGAGUACAACGGUUAAUGUUACAGUUACUCUAUCCAAAAAGUAG